AAAAAGCGCAAAAAGCCAUGUAAAAGUUCAGGACGCACGCCCUCCAUUCAAGCAUAUUUUCGGCCAACUUCAGCUCAUCUUUAGCAAUAUCCAACGACUCCUCUAUUUGCCCCUCAUCCAGCUGCUUCUCUACGCUCGCAAUGUCCCCAUUUGCGCCCUGCACAAUGGUGAGUUUGUGUUUGGUGAGUGCCUCGACGCCUUGUCUGUAGACGGAGGUCGGUGGUAUUGAAGCAAGGACGCUGAGCGUCGAAUUAUAUGUGUUUGAGAGUUCUGGGAGCGGGUUUUGGUGGACGGCAAGGCCAACAAUGCCAGUCGUCUUCUUAGUGACUGAUUGCAGCAACGGACGUGUGAUUCUGAACAUGACGGUUGCUGGUUAGCAAGAGUGUUGAUGCUGAAUUCGGAGUACAAAUCGAGAAGUCAUCAAAAGUUACAAAACUCCUCCAACACCGUCAUGGCUUCAUUAGCUCUACACCAAACGCGCUCCUUUAUUUCUGCGGUCAGGUCGUCAUGGACGCACUUGCCAAUUGCUGCCUCCCUAGCUUCUAACUUGGAGCUACGGCAAAAACCAUUCAGUUGGACUCUGCCAGGCUUGCAGUCUCUACUUGAAUUGCUCCCUCCCAUCGUCCUCGCAGUUCCAAAGAGUAAAAUUUCUCACUCGCGAAAGUCCAUGCGCAGUGCAAACAAGGGACUCAAAGACAAGCGGAAUAUCGUCAACUGUCCAGCGUGCGGAGAGCCUAAGCUCGCACACCAUGCUUGCAGAUCAUGCUAUUCUUCAAUAAUGGCGCGUUUUAGACUGGAGGCUAAGAGAUUGGCAACAGAGACGACGAAACGUGUAAGCGGAGGAAGCUGGUCGACGAGAAAGGCGCCGUUCAUGAUUGAAGGCCCUAAAGACUUGUGAUCUCCAUUAAUUUACGCGUUCUAUACACUAGGAGCUGUCCGGGUGCUCUGAGCGUUAGCUGGACUCCAUGUCGUGGUCCCAACGCUAGUUGGGUAGAUGAUAUUCACUGUACUUACUCGAGGACAAGCUCGUAAUCAUCAUAUUCAAGCUG